AUGUUCAGACAAUUAGUUUUCAUUGUUCUGAUAGCGGCUGCCAACGCCGGAUUGUACUAUGGACACGAUCACGGCCACGCCGUCUCAUCACAGAGCAUCGCACGUUAUGACAAGGGAUAUGCCGCACACGGACACUACGCCCGUGUUCCGUAUUAUGGUGGCCAUGAUUAUUAUGCUCAUCCGAAAUAUGAAUUUUUAUAUUCCGUGGCCGACCCUCACACUGAUGACCACAAAUCACAGCACGAGUACCGUGAUGGCGACGCCGUGCAUGGCUCCUACUCUCUUCACCAGCCCGAUGGCUCCGUGCGCACCGUUGACUACACCGCCGACGACCACUCUGGAUUCCACGCCAAAGUGCACUACUCUGCUCCAUCCGUGCAUCCCUCACACUAUGGAGGCUAUCAUCAUUACUGA